AUGUAUCAUAAAUUGUUUUUAUCUUUUAUCACUAUUUUAUUCCUUUUAAAGAUAGAGGGUGUUGCUUCUAAAGGAUUUAUUGUAUCAUAUGCUAUUAAUCAAGUAAAUUUAACAUUGAACAGUGAUUCAAAUCUACCAGAUAGCUAUUUCACAAAUAGAACUAGACUUUUCACUGAUGAUAACACUAGUAUUGUGUUUAAAUAUGUCGAUUUAGAUCCAAUUAAUAAAACAACACAUCAAAUAUCUAUUGAUUUCCAAGAUAACCCGAAAAUACCAUUCUAUGGAACAAUUAAUGUUUAUCCUGGUGGUGGUUUGCCAUACACUGUUUAUUUAUUUGAACCACCAAAUCCUUUAAAUCAAACACAAGUAGAGAAUAAUGUAACUAUUGGUAUGAAUUUCAAUAUGGGUAGUAGUUUAAGAUCGAUCUAUGUCACCAAAGACUACACGCCGAUUCCAUUCACGUUGUUCAAUAACAAUUGGACCAUAGUCAUAGAGGUACCAUGUAACAUCACUGUUAAUGAUAUCAUUCUAGAGUUCUACUCGAAUAAAGUGAUAUCAAGAGAUGUUUUACUUACACUACUAUUAGAACCUAGUUUGAUUGACGAUCCAUCAAACCAUGUAAGAAUACCAGUGGCAGGAAACUAUACACUUUCACUUAGAGGUUGUUUUCUAUCAACUUUGAAUAACAAUAACAACAAUAAUAGUAGUAUUAUAAGAUUCACCAAUGAAAAUCAAACAUUAGAUUGUUCAAAUCUUAAUAUUAUAACAAGUGAUAAGUUAGAAUGUAAUAUACAAAGUGGAUCAGGAUCAUAUAAAUAUAAUUAUACAUUCAUUUCAACCAAUACAAUAAGUAAUAAUAAUAAUAGUUAUGAUAAUAAUAAUACAAUCAUACUUUCAUAUGAAGAACCAUCAAUUAGUUCAACUAUUUUAGAGAGUGGUGGUGUUCUCUCUACCAAUGGAACAGGCUUUAAUGAACCAAUAAUAGUAACAAUCAAUGAUAAUAAGACAUGCAGUCUACCGACAAUCAGUAACUUUACAAAUAUAAAAUGCAACACCCAGGUGACGGUCCUCUAUAAGCUAAGAGUAGAUGUAGCAAAUCAAUGGGUGGAAUACCAAAAAGAUGAAUCUCAUUCAUCUAACAAUCCUCCGACCUCCUCCUCAACGGGUAACUCUAAUUCAGGUUCAGAAAAUUCCUCUGUCUCAUCAUCGGUCAUCAUCAAACCAUCCGAUUGGAAUUUCCUUUUACCUUUGUUUUUAUUUUUGUGUUUUUUGCAACAACAACAACGCAGUUAA